AUGAGAUUAUUUUCUGCUAAGAAUUAUAUACAAGUGCGUAGACACAAAAAAUGCACUUGGGUACAUCAUGUUGAUACAAUAUCAGCACUGGCUUUAUCAAGAGAUGGCUCUUUACUCUAUUCUGUUUCAUGGGAUCGAACAUUCAAAGUAUGGAAAACCUCGAAUUUCAAUUGCCUAGAAUCAGUGUGGAAUGCACAUGAUGAUGCAAUAAAUGCCAUAGUAUUGUCCAAUGACACGCAUGUUUAUACAGGUUCUGCGGACAAAAAGAUCAAAGUCUGGAAGAAAAAUGAAGGGGAAAAGAAGCAUUCGCUAGUGGCCACACUAGAAAAACACAAAUCAGCAGUGAAUGCUUUGGCUUUAACAAUAGAUGGAUCAAUUUUAUACUCCGGCGCUGCCAGCAAUGGAUCGAUAAUCGUCUGGGAAAAAGAUGGCAGUGGUGACCGACAUAUGGCAGCGGCCGGGGCUCUAAAAGGGCACAACAAAGCUAUCUUGUGCUUGACAGUUGUGUCAGAUUUGUUGUGCAGUGGAUCAGCAGAUAAAACAGUUCGAGUUUGGAGGAGAGGAAUUGGAAAAGCUCAUUCUUUGUUGGCAGUUUUUGAAGGACACGAAGGUCCAGUUAAGUGUUUAGCUGCAGCUGUAGACAAUAAUCAUACUGGGGAUACAACUGGUUCCGGAACUUCGUAUUUGGUUUACAGUGGAAGUUUGGAUUUUGAUGUAAGAAUCUGGCAAAUUUGGGUUCCCCCUUUUAGAUGUUUCCUAGGAGAAUCUAGUACAUAG